GCGUAAGUCACCGAUGCAUUAACCUUUAUAAAGUUGUGGAUACCAAUGCUGUGAGUAGUAGAUAAUUUAUUAGUAUUAUUAGAAGAGGGUUAUGACGGAUAUUACAUUUUCUGGACGGGCGUAUGCCAAAAUCAUUCUCCACGCAGCUAAAUAUCCACAUUGCGCCAUUAAUGGCCUAUUAUUAGGUAAGCAAAAUAACUCCAAUGAAUUGCAGAUUAUUGAUGUAGCGCCACUUUUUCACAUCUGUUUACACGUGACACCCAUGUCUGAGGUUGCACUUACAAUGGUAGAGCAGCUUGCCUUGAAUCAAGGUCUUAUCAUAGCCGGCUAUUAUUUAGCUAAUGAAAAUAUUAAUGAUACUAGCACAGACAAGCCUGCACACAGAGGUAUAUCAGAGAAAAUUGUAGAACAUUUUAAUCAUGCACUAAUUGCUGUUGUUGAUAACAAAAAAAUGACUGUUGGUAUGAAUAUGAAUUCUUUGAAAAUAUCACAAUAUUUAGAUGGAAAGUGGAAAUUUAAAGAUCCGUCAAGCAUAAAUUAUGAAGGUGGUGCUAAUCUUUUAGAAGCAACAUAUCAUUUAAUACGAAGAAAAGAAUACAGAAAUCUAGUCGACUUUGAUAAUCAUCUUGAUAAUAUUUCAUUAGACUGGCAAAAUUUAAAAUUAAAUGAAAAGAUAGAUGAAGUAUUAAAAAAUUACCAAUAG